AUGGCCUUUAAUGGCCUUCAGUUUGACCGCAUGGUUCUGACAUACAAGCUCUAUUCUCCUGACCGCAUGGUUCUGACAUACAAGCUCUAUUCUCCUGACCGCAUGGUUCUGACAUACAAGAUCUAUUCUCCUGACCGCAUGGUUCUGACAUACAAGAUCUAUUCUCCUGACCGCAUGGUUCUGACAUACAAGGUCUAUUCUCCUGACCGCAUGGUUCUGACAUACAAGAUCUAUUCUCCUGACCGCAUGGUUCUGACAUACAAGAUCUAUUCUCCUGACCGCAUGGUUCUGACAUACAAGCUCUAUUCUCCUGACCGCAUGGUUCUGACAUACAAGAUCUAUUCUCCUGACCGCAUGGUUCUGACAUACAAUAUCUAUUCUCCUGACCGCAUGGUUCUGACAUACAAGAUCUAUUCUCCUGAUCGCAUGAUUCUGUAGUAACAGUUAUGACAUGAUACAGUUUAAUGAAUGAAUUACUUAUCUGAACUUCAAUACUGGCAGACAAGACAAAAAUACACACACUACACACAAACACACACCCACACACACAUACAGAAAAACACUACCUCGCUGCAGAGCAGGAUGCAGACCAGCAUGUAGAACUGUUCGAAGCCGAUCUCUCCGCUGGAAUUCCAGUCUAACAUGUCAAAGGUCAUCAUGAUCUCAUUCUUCUUCAGGUCAGUCACAUGGUGCAUGAAGUGGUAGAACUGGAUGUCUGCCAGAAAAAGAGAAAUGGCUGCUCUUUAAUAAAGUUUGUGGGAAAACGUUUUAAUAACCAACAUGAUUUCUUGUCAGGUUACUGACUACACCUGACCUACACCCAUAUACGUAAGGAGGACACAAAUUACCUGGAUGUCUAUUAAUACAUAGACAAACAUUUUAACGUUUUUACCAACCCUUUUUUGUCAUGUUACUUCCGCCACAUUGCCCAUACACAUCUAAGUACAGGAAUGAACUCAGGAAUACUUAGACAGAAAUCCACAAUUGACCAUUCAGAGUGUUCCUGUUGUGGACAUCCAGUAGUUUGUAGUAAUCAGACAGUAUUUUGGCGCAGGGAGAGAAGACGUUAGUCACAGUCCAGAUAAUGUCCAACAGCUCCUUUCUUUAGCUUCAUCUUGGCUUACUGACUGACCACUGCAGAACUGCUGUCCCUCUCAGCGCUACCUGACACUGACAUCACAAUGGUUCACCUGUCACCACUUCUCCCGAAGCUGCUACCUCUCCUUGUUCGGGCAGGCUUCGGCGUUCAUCGUCACUGGCCUUCUAGCCACUGCCACUCCUCAUCUCAUCAUUCCAUUUGUUUUGUCUUGUUUAUUACACACACCUGGUUCAUAUCCCCUCACCAGUACCUGUAUAAGGGUUCCCUCUGCCCCCUUGUCUUUGUGUGUGAUUGUUUAUUGUGGAGGAUAGUGAAGCUCGGUGGAGCUCUGUGUAUUUUGUAUCGCCGGGAUAUUUCCCUGUGUGCCUUGUAUUUUCCAGUGCGCCUGUUUUGCGCACUAGAGUGUUUUUGACGCAUUACUGCGUAACUCUGUAUUUGCGGAAUAAAGCCUGUUAUUCUGUGAUUGACCCUCCUGCGCCUGACUCCUUCGACAUCACCUCAUCACAUCACCAUGGAAUUUAGUGUUCUAUUACAGAUUCUACAUUCUAUUGAUAGAAUUCUGACAUUAACGAUAAACUAAUUUAGUAGUGUUUUAAUUAAAUGAUCAUUACAUACUAUUUUGACAGUAUAUGACAACUUACCAGUCUUUACUAUUGAUGUCACUACGCAAAGGUGCAUCAUCACAGACAAACAAGUCUAAAGAAAAAGUGAAAGUGAAAGACUUUCCUUGCUUACCUUUGUUACAUCAUUUCAUUCCCUCAGUACCUACAGCGUUACGUCAUCUCAAUUAUUAAAUGUAGCCCAUUUCCCAAGUAUUGCUGAAUCAUAACAUAAAACUAGUAUAGGCUUAAAUGAAACCAUUUUGGUACCACUGGCGUGUACUGCACAAUUACAUACCAUGUUUACAUUUAUACAGUCAUGGAUAAGAAGGAUAAUAAUUGUAAUCAAAGUGAAGAGAUUGAUUUUGAGAGGUGGUUGGUUGAGGCUACAAGAUACAGAUUAUAUUUAUUUAUUUAUUUAUUUAAUUCACCUUUAUUUAACCAGGUAAGCCAGUUGAGAACAAGUUCUCAUUUACAACUGCGACCUGGCCAAGAUAAAGCAUAGCAGUGCGAUGAAAACAACAACACAGAGUUACAUAUGGGGUAAAAAAACAUAAAGUCAAAAAAUACAACAGAAAAUAUAUAUACAGUGUGUGCAUAUUAAGCAAUAAUAUUGAAAGAAUGCAUGCCAGGAAGUCUAUUAUCAUGUCUUGUUUAGGAAGAUUAGAAAGUGAAUGAGUUCCUCGUUCUGCCCGUCUGUACUUUUCUCAACUGGGUAAUUUUAUUGGAUGCUAAAUGUCAUCGACAUAGACACAUAUUAAAAAGCCACUGUUUAGACUUCAGCGUUAUUCAGAGGAUAAGUGUUGAUCAGAAGAUGUUUCAUUGUUGUCUAAAGGUAUGAACAGUUUACUUUUAAAUUAACUUGUUGGGCUAUGAAGUUAUUAUGCAGAUCAAGUAUUCAUUUUGUACAUCAUAUUCUAUUUGUUAUGAACACUUAGAUUUGUAUAUUUACAUGUUUGACAAAACAUUAGGAGGGAGGGGGAGAGAGAUGAGAGAGUAGAGAGAGAGAGCAGCAGAAGAGAGAGAGAGAGAGAGAGAGAGAGAGAGAGAUAGAGAGAGGAGAGAGAGAGAGAGAGAGAGAGAGAGAGAGAGAGAUGAGAGAGCAGAAGAGAGAGAGAGAAGAAAAGAGAGAGAGACGGAGAGAGAGGAGGAGAGAAGAGAGAGAGAGAGAGAGAGAGAGAGAUGCGAGACAGAGAGAGAGAGAGAGAGCUCUCUCUCUAUCUCUCUCUCCUUCUUCUUCUCUCUCUCUCUCUCACUCCCCUCCCUCUCCCUCCCUCACAUCCCUCCCUACCCUGCCUCCUACUCUCCCUCGUAGAUGAGGUUUACUUUACUAGGCAUUCUAAUCCUACACCAGGCCAAAAGCCAAAGCCCCAAGUUCACUCAGAGCAGCUGGAAUCUUCUACCCAAUGGUAGGAAAUCAUCACCUCUGAUCAGUACAUGUAUAUCACUGUCAUCUGAAGAUCAGCACAGUUUGUAACGAUAAUGUCAGCCUGUACACUUGUCGGUAUGUUGUCAGCUCAUUAUUAAGACUUGUAUAUGUGUUUCCAGUCUGGUAUAGUACAGUACAUUCAGAAAGUAUUCAUACCCCUUGACUUAUUCCACAUUUUGUUGUGUUACAGCCUGAAUUCAAAAUUGAUUAAAUGUAUUUUUUUCUCUCACCCAUCUACACACAAUAUCCCAUAAUUAGAAAUGUUUGCUAAUUUAUUAUACAUAAGUAUUCACACCCCUGAGUCAAUGCAUGUUAUAAUCACCUUUGGCAAGGACUACAGAUGUGAGUCUUUCUGGGUAGGUCUCUAAGAGCUUUGCACACCUGGAAUUUACAAUAUUUGCACAUUAUUCUUUAAAAAGUUAUUCAAGCUCUGUCAAGUUGGUUGUUGAUCACUGCUAGACAGCCAUUUUCAAGUCUUUCCAUAGAUUUUCAAGCCAAUUUAAUUUCUAAACUGUAACUAGGCCUCUCAGGAACAUUCAAUGUCAUCUUGGUAAGUAACUCCUGCUUUGUCUCCCAGUGUCUGUUGGUGAAUUUGUCUCCCAGUGUCUGUUGGAAAGAAGACUGAACCAGGUUUUCCACUUGUUUUUUGCCUGUGCUUAGCUCUAUUCUGUUUCUUUAUUUAGACUUGCCAUAACAAAGGGGUUAAAUACUUAUUGACUCAAGACAUUUCAGCUUUUCAAUUUUAAUUAAGUUGUACAAUUUUCUAAAAACAAAAUUCAGCUUUUAUGUUAUAGGGUAUUGUGUGUUGGCCAGUGACACAAAAUCUCACUUUAAUCAAUUUUAAAUUCAGGCUGUAGCACAACUAAAUGUGGAAAAAGUCAAGGGGUGUGAAUACUUUCUGAAAUCACUGCAUAUAAAGAUCAGUUAGUUAUAUUUUGGUUUUGCCAGUCCGGUGUAUAGAUGGUAUAAAGUUGUGGGUAUGUUUAUGUCAGUUCAUUAUAAGGUUAUAUCAAGUUGUGGGUAUGUUUAUGUCAGAUCAUCAUAAGGCUAUGUACAGUUGUGGGUAUGUUUAUGUCAGAUCAUCAUAAGGCUAUAUAAAGUUGAGGUAGUGUUUAUGUUUGUGUUGAUGAGCUACAGUCUGAUCCAUAAUUAUUGGCAUCCUUGAAAAAGAUUAGCAAAAAAGACUGUAGAAAAUAAAUAAUACAAAUACUGAACUACUGUAUAUUUUAUCCUCAAACAAAUGGAAAAAUUUAAAUAUUUUAUACCAGUACAAUUAUUCAGAGGAAGAGAUUUUGUUUAACAAGUAAUCUUUUUUUUCUCAAAAAGAUAGGGUUCAAAUUUAUUGCCACCCCUGUUUUUAAUAGGAUAACGGCACUGAGCCUUUUUCUAAAAUGUUUUGAGAUUGGAGAACACAUUGGAAAGGAUAUUAGAGCUUUCCAUUCCUCCAUACAGAAUCUUUCCAGAUCCUUGAUAUCCUUCGUCUGCGUUUAUGGGCUGCCCUGUUCAAUUCAAACCACAGGUUUCCGAUGGGGUUCAAGUCCGGUGGUCAAUUUAGAAAAAGGCUCAGUGCCGUUAUCCUCGCAAGGUGAGGUAUUGAAAGGUUUUGACAACAAUGUUGGCAAUAAUUUUUACCAAUCUUUUUUAGAUAAAAAAAUGAUGCUUGUUAAACAAAAUCUCUGAGCAAUUGUAUUACUAUAAAAUAAUAUAAUUCUCAAAAGAAUUUGAGCAUACAAUAUAGUUCAGUAUUUUUAUGAUUUAUUUGAAACAGUCUUUUUUGCUCAUCUUUAUGAAGGGUGGCAAUAAUGCUGGACCUGACUGUAUAUGUUGGCGUUGAUUGAAGUGUGUGUUGUCACCAGUUGUUGUGGUGAAUGUAGACGGCUCGCUGGUUCAGCAUCCUCUGACCUGCCUGGGAUCCUUCAACCGAGAGGAGGAGGGUUGGAGGAAAGACCGUGACUGGGUGUGGCGGAGAGAUGGAGAGGAGGAUGAGGAGAUUCUAUGGAUGAUAGGUGAAGAGGAGAAGAAGAGGGGGAAUAGCUUCCUUGUCAACCUGGAAGAGAGAACUGGAGGAGGGGUCUUUACAUGUCACAGCCUGGAUAGAACCCUGCUGAAGAAUACUACGGUGCUGGUCAAACACCUGGACGAACAGAAACGCAUUCUAGAAGGAUCCACCAGAACAGGUACACAGGAUGUCUGUCUGUCAUCCGAAAUCAAGUCAAACAUUAGUUUUUCAUUCAUUAUCCAAUUCUAACAUGACAUCUUCUGUCUCUCUUCUGUUUGUUUGUUUCUAUUCUAAGGCUAUAUGAAAUGUUCUACACGGAACUUCCAAGGAGAGUUCCACUGCUCCUGGAAAUAUACCACUACAUAUGUUGGGACUGUUAUGUCUGUCAGAGUGGCACGGUACUAUCACCACCAACCUUUAUAUGUAUCACUACUACACUCUUAGAAAAAAAGGUGCUAAGUAGAACCAUACAGCAUUCUUCGGUUUGUCCCCAUAGGGGAACCCUUUUUGUUGCUGGUUACAACCCUUUGCAGAGGAUUCUAUCUAAAACCCUCUAUGUAGGGUUCUUCAGAGAACCCCCUGUAUAAUAUACUAUGGUUCUACCAAGAAACCUCUAUGGAGGGUUCUGCUUAGAACCGUCUAUGAUGGGUUCUACCAAGAACCAUUUUAUCUUUGGAGGGUUCUUCCUAGAACCCUCCAUGAAUGGUUUCACCAGCCUUUUUAAUUGUAUUAUUACAUGACAUAUAUCAUAAGGCCUGUCUUUGAGAGCCUAGUUAUAGCCUAACAAAGUGGCGUUAGGAAACUCCUGGUUCACAGGCCACAUCAGGCCUGCAAGUCACAUUAUACUGGCUUGCAAAGUGAUGUGUAAUUCCUAUUGGAAUCCAGCCAGAGUUAGGAUAUCCAACAAGUGAAAUUGUUAAUCACCUGCAACCUGCAUUCAGAAUAACUGCCAGGGUAGAGAAGAUUGAAUACUGAGCCUAGCUCAAUAAUCUAAACUGGAACAACCAUCUCAGUAACAGGUGCAAUAAAUCCAAUUACUAACAGAUUGGAUUAGUUUAGAAAACGGUGUGUUAUUUAUCUUAAUUAACCAAUCAAUGUAUAGUACAUGCAAAAACACAGAUAUUACAGUAAAAUAAACAAUUCAGAAAAUCUCCCUGCAAUAGAGCAUGCUGGGAAAUGUUAUAUAUGGUUCUAUGUAGAACCCUUCUUGCCUUCCAAAUAACCCUUCUUACGUUCCAAAGAAUCAUCAAAUAACAAUUUCUUCCAAAAACAGUUCUUAGGAUGCUAAAGGUUCUAGGUAGAACCCUUUGCCUUACAAAGAACCCUUGUCUUCCAAAAAGGGUUCUUCUAAUCAAAGCGGUUCUUGGUAGAACCCUAUCCCUCCUUACAGAACCUGUUUGAAACCCUUUUUUCUAAGAGUGUAUACAUUCUAUGGGUCUGAUUAAUGUAUAGUGCUAUAGUGAUGUAUAGGAUAUAACAUGUGACUAUUGGAGAGUUCUGUAUAGGAUAUAACAUGUGACUAUUGGAGAGUUCUGUAUUGGAUAUAACAUGUUACUAUUGUAUAGUGUUAUAGUGAUGUAUAGGAUAUAACAUGGGCAUAAUAACUUACAGUAUUUACUUGAUUUCAAAUUUAAUAUUAGUGAAUGGACUACUGCAAUGGCCUGUGUUACUCUAAUUUCAGUCAUCCAUUUCUUGGCUUUUCUAUAGUGACCAGUCUGAUGCGGAGGACGUCAGCUGUUCUGUGGACGCCAGUGGACAGCAGUGGACAUGUUUGUCUUCGUCUGGCCAGAGUGACAUCAUGUGUUCUGUGAACAGUAUGGGACUGGGGGUGUUCUGUGUGGACAGACAGUAUUGUCCCUAUGCUGAGGAGACUGACCGGAUCACCCUGACCAUCUAUAUGAGGACUAACUACCUGCUGGAGGAAUACUCCCAACACUUCUACUUAUCAGAGAUAGGUGAGGACACACACACACACGGAGACACACACACACACACACACACACACACACACACACACACACACACACACAAAGAGAGAGACAAACACACACACACACAGAGACACACACACACACACACACACCACACACACACAGAGAGAGAGAGAGAGACACACAACACUUCUACUUAUCAGACAUAGGUAAGUGUUAAGUAGGGACCUUGUAGCAGUCAUAAGGGCAGAUAUGUUGCAAGAGGCUGGCAGGAUCAGGUGCACAAGUUGUGAUUUUAGGCUACUUAAAGGUGACCAUAAUGGUUUAUGUGUGCACUUCACUAUAUUUACCAACUAAUAAAACAAUUAUGUUUACUAACUUCACAAUGUAAGUGGUCUCUGAAAAGAAAAUGCCUUGGAGCUGGCAAAGCUGUCUAUCCCAUAACAAACAUUAAGAAUGCAGAAACAAAGCUCUCUGAAAUGGCAGGACUUUUAGAGCACUAGUGGAGAGAAACAGUAAUAAUGUCUUCGUCACCACAGUUAGGAAACCUGCCUCUAUAGACAGUGCUGUGAAAAAGUAUUUGCCCCCUUUCUAAUUUUCUCUACUUUUGCAUAUUUGUGAUACUGAAUGUUAUCAGAUCAAACUGGCGAAAACCAAACUCUGUAUUCCACAGUAAGAAAGAACAUCAUACCAAAGGUCAAGCAUGGUGGUGGUGGUGUGAUGGUUUGGGGAUGCUUUGCUGCCUCAGGACCUGGACGACUUGCCUUAAUAGAAGGAACCAUGAAUUCUGCUCUGUAUCAGAGAAUUCCACAGGAGAAUGUCAGACCAUCCGUCUGUGAGCUGAAGCUGAAGCGCAGCUGGGUCAUGCAGCAAGACAAUGAUCCAAAACACACAAUCAAGUCUACAUGACCUAAUCCCAAUUGAGAUGUUGUGGCAGGACUUGAAACAAGCAGUUCAUGCUUGAAAACCCACAUGUCACUGAGUUAAAGCAGUUCUGCUUGGAAGAGUGGGCCAAAAUUCCUUCACAGCGACGUGAGAGACUGAUCAACAACUACAGGAAGCAUUUGGUUGGAGUCAUUGCAGCUAAAGGUGGCACAACCAGUUAUUGAGUGUAAGGGGGCAAUUACUUUUUCACACAGGGGAAUUGGGUGUUGCAUAUCUUUGUUUAUGAAAUAAAUAUGUAAUUGUUGUGUUAUUUGUUCACUUAUGUUCCCUUUAUCUAAUAUUAGGUUUUGGUUGAAGAUCUGAUAACAUUCAGUAUCACAAAUAUGCAAAAGUAGAGAAAAUUAGAAAGGGGGCAAAUACUUUUUCCCAGCACUGUCUAUAGAGGCAGGUUUCCUAACUGUGGUAACGAAGACAUUAUUAGUGUUUCCCUCCACUAGUGCUCUAAAAGUCAUAGCACUUUUUCAUAGCACUGAACAAAAAUCGGAUUUCUCUCAAAUUUUGUGCACAAAUUUGUUCACAUCCCUAUUGGUGAGCAUUUCUCCUUUGCCAAGAUAAUCCAUCCACCUGGAUGCCGGCCUCACAACCGCAGACCACUUGUAACCAUGCCAGCCCAGGACCUCCACAUCAGGUGGGUGGGUGCUGAGGAGUAUUUCUGUCUGUAAUGAAGCCUAUAGUGGGGAAAAACUCAUUCUGAUUGGCUGGGCCUGGCUCCCCAGUGGAAGGGCCUGGCUGCCAAGUGGGUGGGCCUAUGCCCUCCCAGGCCCAGCCAUGGCUGCACCCCUGCCCAGUCAUGUGAAAUCCAUAGAUUAGGCCCUAAUGAAUGUAUUGCAAUUGACUGAUUUCCUUAUAUAAACUGUAACUCAGUAAAAUCUUUGAAAUUGUUGCAUGUUGCGUUUAUAUUUUUGUUCAGUAUACAAAUAUCUUGCACAUAUACGUAGACCUAGCAGAGGAUUAUAUGCUGAGUGUUUGUUGGUUUAAGUGCUACUGAAAGUUAGUUUGAUUGUGCAGAGUGCUGGUAGAAGUUAUGGUAAUAUUCUCUCUCCCACCUCUCUCCCUCUCCUUCACUCACCCUCUCUCUCUCUCGCACGCUCUCUCUCUCUCUCCCUCUCUCCCUCUCUCCAGUGAAGCCAGACAAGGUAUCCAUUAAGGAGGUUAACAGCAGUACUAUAGAGUGGAGCUAUCCUGUCUCCUGGAACAGACCCAUCUCCUACUUCCCCCUCUCCUUCCAGGUCAAAGAGAUCGAAGGCAGAGAGCGCAAGAACGGGUGCACGUGUGAUUCUCCCUGCACAGAGUCCAAGGUGAGGAUCACUGUCUAUAUACUGUACGUACUACUAGCCCUUGUCUCCAAAGCUUGAUGAGGGCCAUUACACCAAGAGAUCCAGACCCUGUACUAACAGUCGUAUACUCUUGAACUAAUUGACGGGUUCACUCUGGUCCCUGGUUAUAUUCAUUCGAGCACACCGUAGCAAAACAUUUUGCAACGAAAAGGAGCAUUUCUUAUUGGACAAGUUCAUGUAGUCCCUCUCUGCGUCAGGCCAUUUUCUUCCAUUUGGUGCUUAAUGAAUUCAACCCCUGUGUUCCUCCAGGUCCACAGCGCAGAGAGCAGCCAGUGGUCAGUAAAGGCCAAGGUGACGGUGUGUGUCAGGGCCCAGGAUGCCCUCUGUGACACCACCUGGAGCGACUGGACAGAGUACAGGUCAGUACCACACUCUAUACUGUAUUCAGGAGAACCUCUCAUCAAGGACCCCCAGCCGUUCCAUGUAUUUGAACUAUUCAAUUCGUCAACUAAUCAUCAAGCCCUUGAAUACUACUGAAUCAGUUGAGCUAGUUCAGGGCUACAACAAAAUUGUGAAAUGGCUGGGGGUCUCCGAGGAGAGGGUUUAAAACCCCUGCUCUAGUCUACUGUUUUAUCAUGCUACAUCUACCAGGGUGAAGUUCAAUUGGGUUUUCCAUUCAGUACAUUCAGGAAGUGGAUCGAGAUUCCAUUUCAUAAAUUGAAAAUAUGCCAUUGUUUAUCAAUUCAUGAAUUUAAUUUCUAAGAAGACAUUGCAGAAAAACAUGUUUUACAAUAUGUUGUGAUUUUUCAGAAGCAGCAACAAGGGAAACAAGAGGGGGAAGCAAGAGAAGCAGAAGAAGCAGAAGAAGAAGCAGAAGAAGAGUGUGUCUCAAUAG